AGUUCUGACACUUAGAGAAGCAGCUUUAGUGCUUGUUUCUGGGGCUGGCUUUUGCUUUCGUUUUUAAAUACUCCUGGAAAGACUGACAUCAGGAAGUUAAUGAAAACCCCUGCUUUACUUUUGCUACUGAAACAAGACAAAAGACAAAAAUAAGCUUUGUACAGAUAAAACGUUUUUAAUCACACCAAACUUUUAAUCUUUAUGACUAUUGAUUAACAAUGGUUUUAUUUUUCUUUUUAAUGAUUCAGUUGUUAUACAAGAAGAACACUCCAAAAAGGAGUAUGAAGUAGUUGGACGUUUUCCAUUAGUUGACCCUUGGUGGAGAGUUAAUGUUAAAGCUAAAAAAAUGGGGUCGAAGUACUUUGUGCAAGGAUACCCAUCGUAUUUUCUGCGGACUGAUAUAGAAGAAAACAACCGACAAGUCUUUUCACUCUUUCUUAAGGAAUGUGCUGUUCCUGAGGAUUUUAAAGAAAAGUUUUUUACUUGGCUUCCUAUGGACUUUAUGCUGAGUUUUAGAAAUCUUGAAGAAAAACUAAACCAGUUCCAAGUUGCACACUUACGGACAAGGAAGAAACAAAGAGACACCAAGGAUUAUGACAUCUUCUACUAUGUUUCAAAAUCAUUGGCAGGCAAGGCGGUGUUGGUAGCUCUGACUUUUCCGUUGCUGCUGGAAUUCUUGCCGGUUCUUCUGCCGCGCCAUUUUUGCUCUCUGUUGGAUUUGGUGCAUUGGCACAGAAAGACUGAAGAAAACAAUGAUGCAGAUGGUGAGGAAGUACACUUUCAAGACAAGAUGCUAACUAAAUUGGAUGAGAUACUAAAGAAUGAGCCAUGGAAACUUGGAUUCAGCAGGAUCACCUAUAGGGAACUGAACCUUUCUUACUGUGAGGCAACGUGGGCCGCCUUCUGUCAGUGUGAACAUCUCCUCCGGAAGAUUCCUGAAUUGCAGAAGAAUGCAUUAAUUCUGUAUGAUCAACUCAAGAAAAAGUGUAGAGAAAUGGGACACACGUACGAAGAUCAAGAUGAAUUAGCUCGUUUUGUAUCUAAAGAUAUGUCCAUUGAGCAUGCUUGGCAAUCUCUUGAAUUUUUGAAAGAUCAGAACAUAGUGAUUAGGGAGAAAAAACUGGUGUUUCUGCCUCAUCUUUACAAAUCUGAAAAAGACAUUGCAAUGUAUAUAGGUAACCUUCUGUCAAACCAUUCGUGGCAACUGGAUGUUGAUGUGAGAAAGGUACUUAAUGUUUCUGAGACAUCAAGAGAAGUAGUAGAUAACAAAACGAGUAUUACCCAGGAUCAUGAAAUAGAACAUCUGAAGGAAAAUAGCCUGGACAAUCAUAAUGGUGAAAAUCACUUUCUUGAAAACGAAGUGGGGUCUGUGUCUGGUACCCAAAGUGAACCAGAGGUAGACUUAGAGCAAGUGAUUGCUGUGGAAAAGAUUUGUUCUAAUCCUGUCACAAUCAUCAGUGGUAAAGGAGGCUGUGGAAAGAGCACAAUAGUUAGCUGCCUUUUUCGUCACUUAAAGCAGAUGGAAAAAGAAGUGGAAGCUGCUUCUAAGGACUUUGAAGAAGACUUGGAUGCAUCUGAGGAAUGGAAUACUUUUGAUCAUCAUUUGGAGUCAGAGAAUAUGUACGCAAAAAAAAUGUUGAAUGUACUAUUUACUGCACCUACAGGGAGGGCGGCAAGCCUUUUGAGUGAAAAAACUAAGCUUCCCGCAUAUACACUGCAUCAAAUCAUCUAUAGUUUUAAAUCGUGGAGGCAGAGUGAACAAGUGCAGCCGUGGAAGUUUUCUACUGUGACGGUUCUGAUUGUGGAUGAAGGAAGUUUGGUGUCUGUACACGUUCUUAGUUUAGUUUUAAAAAUCAUGUGUGAGCACGCUCAGCUUGCCAAACUUAUUAUUCUAGGUGAUACUAGGCAGCUACCGAGCAUAGAGCCCGGAAACAUGUUAGCUGAUAUCUUUGAGGGUCUGAAAUCAAGAGGCUUUUCUGUGGAGCUGCGAACUAAUCACAGAGCUGAAUCGCAACUAAUUGUAGAUAAUGCAUCAAGAAUCUCUCACCGGAUGCUUCCUGAAUUUGAUGAGGUGCUGAAAGUUUCUGAUUGGAAUGAGGAAACGACAAUGCCAAGCCCGGAGAAGAAAUUCAUUCUUAUUGCUUUGCCUGCUGGUGGGGGUUGUGACAAUUUGCAGACUGCUAUAAGGACUUUACUCAAAAGAGGACCAGGACUGCAGGAUGCCAAACAGUCGCAGUUCAUUGCUUUCCGAAGGCAAGAUUGUGAUCUAAUAAAUGAGCUUUGUUGCCAACACUAUUCAAAUCACGUAACCAGAGACCACAAAAACCGUCUUUUAUUCCAAAUUGACGACAAGAUCUCCUGCACGCGGAACACGUAUCUGAAGGAUCUCUUGCCAGACCGUGGUUUGGGAGAGGGUCUGAACUCCCACCAAUGCAGAAGUGGACAAACCUCCCUCACCACCGAGACCGCUGAGGACAAACGACUGUGCAACGGAGAUAUAUUUUUCAUAACAGAUGAUGUGGAAAUUGAUAAACGGCGCUUAUUGACCAUCAGCGGCACAGACGGCUCCACUUUCACUGUGAGGUACAGGGCACUGAAGAAGCUGUGUCAGAUAAAGCACGCGUGGGCCAGAACUAUCCACACGUUUCAGGGGUCUGAGGAAAAAACUGUUGUCUACGUGGUUGGCAACCCCGGCCGUCAGCACUGGCAGCACGUGUACACAGCCGUGACCAGGGGACGCUGCCGUGUCUAUGUCGUAGCCGAAGAGGUGCACCUCAGGAGAGCAGUCACCAACAAGAAGGUGCCCAGAAAAACCCGCUUACAGAGAUUUUUGAGAGAGGCCAUCGCAGAAACGAGCAACUGUCCCACACAGGCUUCCCCUCCCCCGACGAAGAGCUGGCAAAGACAAGAGGCUGAGACUCCCUCCGUUUCCGUAACUCAAGGUGCUCCUGACCUGCCUCAGCCUCUCACUGGCGUCUUUAAACAGGAGAGCUCAGCAGCUCCCAGUAAAGGGCAGACAGGCCAUUUUCAGCAAAGUCCAUCUAAAAGACAACAGAGUCCUGCAGAGAAUUCCGAAGAUCCUCUGAAAGUACCCCCCACAACAGUAGAAGAUUCCCCGCUUGGGUCUUCUAGACUUAAGAGUCUAACUUUGGGACAACCAACUCCUAGGAAGCUUUUCAAAAGCUAACAAACAAUCAACUCUCCCUUGAACCUGUUUCAUUCAAGAUUUUUGGAUGGGAGAAGCUGGCUACGCAGCUGAUAUUCAAAGGUAUUCCUGCAUUUGCAUCUUCUAUGAAGAACAGCUUGUUUUAAAGGGAGCCUUCUAUAUUUUCAGGGAUCUGGUUUUAGUGGGAGAUUUCUUGGUGUGUUGGUCAUCAAAAAUUACAUUGUUCUUUUGUUUUGGUGAAGAAUGAACUUACAGGUCUUAAAAGAUCCAGAUGUUCCCUUAAACCUAUACAUGGGCUUUCUUGAUGUAAAGGUUCUAGCUAUCCAUACUGAGAGGUACCCAUCUCCUAAUGCUACAGCAUCGAUGAGAAGCUGUUACUGAUGUGCCAAAAUUGCAGUUUCCUCGAGUCACAAAACAGCUUACAAAGGGGGCUUCGGAUUUUUCCACUGGGUCAGAGUUACAGGCGUGAAGCUUUGAUGGAUUAUGGAUUUUAAUCUUGUUAUAAAUAGAACAAGAAAGUUGCAAUCAGAGCUGUAGGAAAUUUCUCCUACUUUGUACCUGGAAGGGAUGUAAGGCCUUCCCGUUGCUGCUCUGCAUCAUGGUAAGAAAAGCAAAAUUCAAAUAACAUUCCACUUCCUACCUUUGUGUACUGUGGGAUUUGCCGCAUUCUAAUUUUUGAGAUUAAGAAGAUGAAUGUAUAUUCAAACUUCAGACAAAUUGUACUACAAUUUGGGCAGCUUCUUUGCUUUCAACUUUGUUUUUCCUGUCAUAUGUGUGAAAAAAACCAAAAGUACCACGGAUCCACAAA